UCUUGUGAUUUGUUGAGCCCUUCUUUCUGAUUGGUCCAAAGUUCGGAGCUGGGCUGGAUUGCCGUACUUUUGGCACUGCCUGACUACAGUAGGAUCCUGCUCGUUUAGUGCUGUUAGCCAAAUGCCAACUUUUAACGUGAUUUCAUCUUCCAGGAGCGCGGGGGAAAAAAAGACUGUUUCAUCCUUGAUCAUGUUUGGAAUUCGUUUCGCACCCUAGACCGCAGCGCCCGUUACUUUUGCGCGGAUCUUUGGUUUCUGCUUUCGAUAGGACUACUCAGUGGACGCACACGAGAAUUUUUACGCCUUGACUGUCCCACAGAAACUAUUCCUAAGCUUCACUGCACUGGAGACUUUAAAAGCACACCGUGAGGAUUCAGAUUUAUUGCGGAAAAAUAACAAUUUCAAGUGAGUCUUCCAGUGGAUUUUUCGAUUGCCAAAGGCGUUGGAAGCAGGAUCCAGCUGUCUGUCAAAGUUCACAACUCUCUUCUGUCUGGCGGAAGAGUUCAGACCGAAGAACUCGGGACACAUGGAACGACAGAAAUGGAUUUAAUCGACUGAAUUUGAUGCGGAAUGUUUUAAGAUGGGGAACCUGAUUUCUGUGGGAAACAAAACCGAAGUUAUCUUCACCUGUUGGUAAUUUCAGAUUUGAGAGCUAGAAGCCUUCCUCUGCCAGAAUGGGACUUUUUCAGAUUGUUCUGUUCGUUUUUGAGAUUAUUCUGCUGUCGGAGUGUGUGAGGGGUCCUCCACGGGUGGCAGAGAAGAUUGCCCACCGGCAGACAGUGCGGAUUGGGCGCACCAUGAAGCUGCCCUGCCCCGUGGAGGGUGACCCUCCGCCCCUAAUCAUGUGGACGAAGGAUGGCCGGAACAUCCACAGCGGCUGGAUGCGCUUCCGUGUCCUCCGCCAGGGCCUCAAGAUCAAGGAGGUAGAGGCUGAUGAUGCCGGCACCUUUGUCUGCAAGGCCACCAAUGGCUUCGGCAGCGUCAACAUCAACUAUACCCUCAUCGUCAUUGAUGACUCCAGCUCUGGGAGGAAUGGUCCUGGGAUGGGUGAUGGAGGGGACGCGGAGUAUGGCGUAGACGAUCUCUCAGGGAAGCUAGUGCGCCCACGUUUCACCCAGCCUGCCAAGAUGCGGAAACGUGUGAUCGCGCGCCCUGUGGGCAGCUCGAUCCGGCUGAAGUGCACGGCCAGUGGGAACCCGCGGCCCGACAUUGUGUGGCUGAAGGAUAGCAGGCCGCUCACCCCGCAGGAGGUGGGUGAGGGCCGCAAGAACAAGUGGACCCUGAGCCUGAAGAACCUGACGCCCGAGCACAGUGGCAAGUACACCUGCCGCGUGUCCAACCGUGCUGGUGAGAUCAACGCCACCUACAAAGUGGAAGUCAUACAGCGGACAAACUCCAAGCCCAUCCUGACUGGCACCCACCCAGUGAACACUACAGUGGACUAUGGCGGCACCACGUCCUUCCAGUGCAAGGUGCGGAGUGAUGUCAAGCCCGUCAUCCAGUGGCUGAAGCGUGUGGAGCCGGGAGACGAGAGCAAGUACAACUCCACCAUUGAGGUGGGCGACCACCGCUUUGUGGUGCUGCCCACGGGUGAAGUGUGGUCCCGGCCCGACGGCUCCUACCUCAACAAGCUGCUCAUCACUCGCGCCAAGGCGGAAGACGCCGGCAUGUACAUCUGCCUGGGAGCCAACACCAUGGGCUACAGCUUCCGAAGCGCGUUCCUCACAGUGCUGCCAGACCCCAAGCCGCCCAGCACACCUGUGCUCACCCCGACCUCCAGCAGCCUCCCUUGGCCCGUGAUCAUUGGAAUCCCCGCAGGUGUGGUCUUCAUCCUUGGCACGGUGCUGCUGUGGUUGUGCCAGUCUAAGAAGCAGUGCUCCCCACCGACAGUGGUGUCCGCCCAGGCUGUGCCACCUGCUCACCGCCAGCCACCCCGCGAACGCACCCUCCCACCCCCUGGGCAGGACAAAGACUGCAUGGGCUCUAUCAGCUAUGAGGACUACCUGGCUCAGCAGCAGCUCCUGCUCAGCCAGGGUGGCUCCACCCUUGCACCCAAAAUGUACCCCAAGCUCUACACAGACAUCCACACUCACACCCACUCGCAUGUGGACGGCAAGGUCCACCAGCACCAGCACAUCCAUUACCAGUGUUAGCCCCAGGCCCUGGCUGCCUGCCCACCCCCUCUGACCCCAUCCCAUCCUCCUUCAAAGCCCCACCCUCUGUACCCCUGCCCUGCCCCACACGCAUCCCUCCCCCAAAAGCCAGGUAUCUCAGACACCAGCCUGUUGCUGCCAUGACCCCAGUUCCAUAUCCCAUCAUGCGAGGCGAGGACAACUGAUCAUUUCAGGGAAGGCAGUCCUCUGUGUGAGAGAGAGAGACUGGGGGACACAGUGAAGGGAAAUUGUUUUACCUGUGUGUGUGUUACCCUGGCAGCUGUGUGCCUUACCCUGGCGGCUGGGGAGCGUUACCUGUGUGCAUCACCCUGAUGGCUGGGGAGUGUUACCUGUGUGCGUUACCCUGGCAGCUGCCUGGAUCGGUCCUGCUUUGCCUUCUAGUGUCUCUCUGUAGCUCAGUGUCAAUCGUAAUCUCCCUCCAUGUGGAACGGACCAAAAGGAGAACCUGGAGCUGAUGUGCGUUUCACCCAUGGUGCAGCUGACCUUCAUCUGGGGCCAGAUGAUUAUAUUGCUGUAUUAACUGGGUUUAGGCCUUCACUGCCAUGGGAUGAAGAAGAAUGGCUGGGCAUGUACACAUCUCCCACACUUCACGGCCAGUUGGUGAACGAGUUUGUGAACACAGUGAAAGUGAGAAGAGGAUGGCUGAGCUGCGCACAUGCUCGCCGCCAUAAGCUUCCAGUUGCUCUGCCCUUACAGGGUCACGUGAUUUUGGAAGGAACCAUCAGAAACGGACCCCAUUUUACUGGGUUGCAUUUCACAGCAAAUGAACUUGAAAAUGCUACUUCUGAAUUAUGGCAUUUUCAGCUCCAUUUGUAGCUCAGAAAAGGCAUCUGAUUGAAACAGGGAAGGCCUUUGUGAGGGUCAUGGUACUGCCACUAUCUGCUGCAAAUCCCUGUUUUGCACUUAUUUGCUUCAAGUUAUAUUUACAUGGAUGUGCACGUGGGCGGGGUUAAAGGGGCCUCUGCAUCACCCAAUCACGACUCAUUUUGCCUCCUGCCAAACUCUGGUGUGGACUGCUUCACGUCCCUGUCUUCCUUUCGCACCCACCUUUGGUGGAUCUUGAGGGGGCUUUGAUCGGAAUAUCCCCAAGGGCUUGAUUCGCUCUUGUUUUCUCAGGUGGCCCCUUCUGCUUCUCUGUGUGUUUGUUCUACUCACCCUGUUUGUUCAUGUGUUUUUUGGAAAUGUUUAUGGAAACCCUGACCACUAUCAAUGCCAGUUGGAAUACUACGAGGUUUGCCUUCGACUGCCAGAGUGUUGCCAUCCUGCUGGUGGCUUUGGGAGGUUUGGCAAAGAAAGUAAAGGGAGCUUGCUCCAAAGCCGACACCUGGGACUGCCAUUGCGAGGAGUUGGGAGGUUGGCUAAGGAGUGAUCGGUGUGACAGGCAGGAAGUGUCAAAGACUGAGAGCCUAUCAAAGCUUAGCCUGCCUCUGUUUUAAUGUCUGGACUCUCGAUGUGUCAAUGCUGAAUGGACUGCCAAGUUUAAGAUCCGCUAUCUCGGAUCCGCACUUAUCCUGAGUGGUCUGAUUUAAAUAGCAUUAGCAGAAGAUAUUCUAAAAAUGUUCAAGUGUUCCUUACAACUGCGUUUCACUAUUCAUGGAGGAGUACAGGACCAUGGUAAUGCCUAUGAGGACUAGAGUCAAAUUUAACCACAAAAUAUAAAGCUUUAGUAAUUCUAUAUAGAUUUUAAAUAGAAGUCAUGUAUAUUUAAUUUAUUUUGGUAAGCAAAAAAUAAUGUAUAAUAUUUUCAUCAAAUCAGGCAUUUUUCAGAACCUAUUUUGAUCCAAAAUACAAACUGUUGAUGUGAUUUUGUUCCUAUGGAUGCCAUGUAAGCUAUGUAGUAUAUAUCAAGUACAUUGCCAUUCUUAUAUUUGUAUCCGCUGUUUGAAAAUACAAAAAAAAAAUGUUACCAGCAAUCUUUGUAUUGACAAUCUUGUACAG